ACCUCCAAAAACUCCAUCUCCCUCCUCCUCUCUCUCUCUCUCUCUAGGGUUUGCGCUCCUCGCUUCCUCACUCUCCAGAUGGACGAGACCCUAGCCUCCCUGCGCCGCCCGAAGCGGGGGCGGCCGCCGCGGCCGCGGGAGGAGGACCACGCGGGCCUGGAGGACGAGGACGACGCGGGGGCCGAGGGGCACGCCCGCCCCCAGACGAAGCGCAAGCGCGCCGCCAGCGCCGCGGCGGCGGCCGCGCUGGAGGACCAAGCCCUCAUCGAUAUUAUCAAACAUAAUGGCAGACUUAUCAGCCUUGCUGCCAAAAAAUUGGUCGAGGAUUAUGAAUCGAACCCAAAAUCUGUGGUGUUUCAGAUAUUAUCAAUGCUGUUUGAGGCUUGUGGAGCUAGGCAUGAGCUUUAUGCAGACUACCUGGAUGAGGCAGAUGUGGAUAGCGUUGUGUUUUCCCUUGUUGAGCUAGCAAAAAAAGGUAUGGUGGAAGAUAAUUACAACUCUAAACAGAAGGAUCUUAAGAACUUUAAAGAAAAUCUUGUUUCCUUUUGGGAUACCCUGGUCCAUGAGUGUCAGAAUGGCCCAUUAUUUGAUGAUAUCUUAUUCCAAAAAAUCAAGGACUAUGUGGUUGCUUUGUCAUGUACUCCUCCAAGGGUUUAUCGCCAAGUAGCCUCAUUGAUUGGGCUCCAGCUUGUGACUUCCUUCAUAUCUGUUGCUAAGACUCUCAGUGGACAGCGUGAGACCACUCAAAGACAGUUGAAUGCAGAGAAGAAAAAACAGAGUGAUGGACCGAUUGUUGAAUCCCUCAACAAAAGGCUAGCUCAUACUCAUGAAAGCAUUACUUACUUGGAGGAAUUAAUGCGGAAAAUAUUCAGUGGGUUAUUCAUGCACCGCUAUCGUGACGUUGACCCUGAGAUCAGGAUGUCAUGCAUCAAAUCACUCGGUGUUUGGGUCGUCUCGUACCCAUCGCUUUUCUUACAAGAUAUAUACCUAAAAUAUCUAGGCUGGACACUUAAUGACAAGAAUGCUGGAGUUAGAAGAACUUCUGUCCUUGCCUUACAAAGCCUGUAUGAAGUGGAUGAAAACAUACCUUCUCUUGGUCUUUUUACUGAGAGAUUUUACAGUAGAAUGAUCCAGCUUGCAGAUGAUGUUGAUAUUUCGGUAGCUGUGUCAGCUAUAGGACUCAUCAAGCAAUUACUGAGGCAUCAACUUUUGAGCGAUGAUGAUUUAGGUCCACUAUACGAUUUGCUUAUUGAUGAGCCUCCACUGAUCAGGCGUGCAAUAGGGGAAUUAGUUUAUGAUCAUCUGAUAGCACAAAACAUCAAGACCUCCCAGUCCGGAGCAAGAGAUGGAAACAAUGAUUCAUCAGAAGUUCAUAUUGGUCGAAUGCUGCAAAUUCUGAGGGAAUUUUCCGAUGAUCCAGUCCUGAGCUCUUAUGUCAUUGAUGAUAUUUGGGAUGACAUGAAGGCUAUGAAAGAUUGGAAGUGUAUAAUAUCCAUGCUUCUGGAUGAAAAUCCAUUAACUGAGCUUACUGACUUAGAUGGAACCAACCUAGUUCGGAUGCUGCGAGCCUCUGCAAAGAAGGCUGUCGGGGAGAGGAUAGUUCCUGCAACAGACAAUAGAAAGUUGUACUACAAUAAAGGCCAGAAGGAAAUAUUGGAAAGUAGCAAGCAUGAAAUAACUACUGCUUUGCUGAAGAAGUAUCCACAGCUUUUAAGAAAAUACAUAUCUGACAAAGCUAAGAUCUCACCUCUAAUUGAUAUGAUGAUGCUUAUGAAACUUGAGCUGUACUCAUUAAAAAGGCAAGAUCAGAAUUUCAAGGCUGCCAUAGAUCUCAUUGCGGAUGCCUUCUUUAAACAUGGUGACAAGGAUACCUUGAGGUCUUGCAUCAAGGCAAUUACUUUCUGUUGCACUAACUGCCAGGCGGAUCUUCAAAAUUAUGCUGAAAACAAACUUAAGAAUCUUGAAGACGAGUUGGUUUUGAAAGUCAAAACUGCAAUCAAGGAAGUAGAGGCAGGUGAUGAUGAAUACUCCCUCCUGGUUAAUUUGAAACGAUUUUAUGAGCUUCAGCUGUCUAAACCUGUCACAAAUGAUGGUUUAUUUGAGGACAUGUACAGAAUCCUUAGUCAUCUAAAAGAUAUGGAUAAUGAGGUAAAAAGCUUUAUCCUCCUCAACAUGUACGUUCAAUUAGCAUGGUGCCUGAAUGCAAUUGAUGGUGAAAAUCCAUCUGAGGCUUCCAUUGAUGAUCUUCUAUCCAAGCAAAGCUCUCUUUUUGAAAAACUCUAUUAUUACUUGGUGGUUCUGCCUACUUAUCAGAAAGAGGGAAGGAGCACCACUAUACUUUCCUGCAGAGUCUGUGUCAUUACUGCAGAGAUGUGGUGCUUGUUUAAGAAGCCAAAAUAUUCUUCAACAAGGCUUGAGAGUUUGGGAUAUCUACCACAACUAGAUGUUGUCCAGAAUUUCUGGAAACUGUGCGAACAACAGCUCAGCAUAUCAGAUGAAACAGAAGAUGAAGAUGCAAACGAAGAAUACAUUGAAGACACAAACAAGGAUGCUGUCAUGAUUGCAGCUGCAAAGCUAGUGUUAGCUGAUACAGUUUCAAAGGAUUACCUGGGCCCAGAGAUUGCUUCUCACUAUGUAUCCCAUGGAGCAAGUACUACAGAGAUAAUUAAACAUCUAAUCAGCUCACUUCGGAAAAAUGCUGAUAGCAACAUGUCUGCCUUAUUUUUUGAGGCACUGAAAAGGGCAUAUGAGCGGUAUAUGGCCCAUGUACAUGAAGGGGAAAAUCAAGCCCUCAUUGGCAAGUCUUAUUCAGAAUGCCAAGAUCUUGCUAGCCGGCUUGCGGGGUCUUAUGUUGGUGCCUCGCGCAAUAAAAACAAGUCUGAGAUCUUGAAGAUAAUCCAAGAUGGUGUUUCUUAUGCCUUUGAGGACCUUCCAAAGCAAUUGUCUUUCCUCGAGGCUUCUCUCCUGCCAUUUGUUUCUAAACUUCCAUCGUCAGAUAUACCAGACAUACUGAUGGACGUACAGAAGAGGACUCAAGAUACCAAUACGAAUGAAGAUCCAAGUGCUUGGCGUCCAUACUUUACGUUUGUAGAGCAUCUACGUGAUAAGCAUGCAAAGAAUGAGGUUUUGCAGGAGGAAAAGGAGGAAAAGCCUGUAAAGCGUAGGGGUCGGCCAAGGAAGGUUAGAGAUGUACCUGCGAGGAAUCUUUUUGAUGGACACAAGUCUAGUGAUGAAGAGUCUGUUAGUGACUCUGACCAAGGGCAUGGCGAAGACGACGACAACGAUGAUGCAGAUCAGCCUUUGAUCAACACGUUUAGGUCUUCUGCAUCCAAGCUAAGAUCACUAAAGGUUUCUCAACAAGGAACAAGCGGUCAGAAAGGACCUUCAAGGGCAUCAGGAAGCAACAGCUGAGGGCAUGCACUGACGUCGUUACACAUGACUGCACUCUGACUCGAAUGAACGCAACAGAUUAGGGGACGACUUGACGAGUGUUGUCCCAUUAGUCAUGGGGACGCUCAGACCGUGCAAAGCAACCGCUGAUGCUGUCUGUUCUACAUGUUACGGCGUUGUAGAUGAUUAAUUUGUACCUAGGUGCCCACUCCUUUUGUAAACAACGUGCUAGUUAUGUGUUAAUUUUAUUCC